CCCCGCCCCGGGCCGGGCGUGCGCCUUUUCUGACAAGCAGGGCCUCCCAGCUCUUACCCUCAACCCUCGCGGGGCUGUCACCAAAACCCUCACGCGUCCUGCGGACUGCAGCCUCGACUCGGCAGGGAAAAAACGACAUGGCGGCGGCCAAACCCGAGAACCUCUCUCUGGUGGUGCACGGACCCGGAGACCUGCGCCUGGAGAACUAUCCUAUCCCUGAACCAGGCCCAAAUGAAGUGCUGCUGAAGAUGCAUUCCGUCGGGAUCUGCGGCUCCGAUGUCCACUACUGGCAGCAUGGUCGAAUUGGGGAUUUUAUUGUGGAAAAGCCAAUGGUGCUGGGACAUGAAGCUUCAGGGACAGUCGUACAAGUGGGAUCACUGGUCAAGCACCUAAAACCAGGGGAUCGUGUUGCCAUCGAGCCUGGCGCUCUGCGAGAAAUGGAUGAAUUCUGCAAGAUUGGCCGGUACAAUCUGUCACCAUCCAUCUUCUUCUGUGCCACGCCCCCUGAUGACGGGAACCUCUGCCGGUUUUAUAAGCACAACGCUGACUUCUGCUACAAGUUAGUGCCCGAGGCCCGGCCCGGCCACCUGGGACCUCUCCCCACUCCAUUUGGUUGGGGUUCUUUCUUCUAGUUUCCUGUGGUGAUUUCUUUGUUCUUUUUAGCUCAUAAUUCCAGACAUGAAGCAUCCCCUCGACAGGCCCUUCUUGGCGGCAAUGAGGGAAGGUAGCUUGCCUAGGGCUGAGACUGACUCACAGUACUUGGUUUAGUCUUGGAGUUGAAGCUCCCCUCACCUAGGACAACAGUAGAAAAUUGUUGCCGAACUCACUCGCUCCCCUCCAGCUAUCCUGCAGAUAACCUGCUGUGGUUUGUCCUCUAUUGCUGGUUUCCAAGGCAGCUCCCAGGAAAGAGAACCUAUUACAGCAGUGACCCUGGUCACAACACCAGUAACAACAGCCACUGGGGUUUGCUGAGGAAGCGUGGCCUGGAGCCAGCGUGUGAGCUCUGGGACCCUGGAUCCCCUCCCUCCUAGUGAGUGACGUC